UCACCUACUACCACACCAACCAAAUUAAACAGCUCUUUUCCAUCACCGACUUCAAUUUCUUCAUUUUCUUUUCUCCCUUGUUUAAACCAAAGAAGAAACAAACUGUUGAAAAUUUUGAAACUAAGAAGAAAUGUCAUCCUCCGUUGAUAAACCCAAUUGCAUCACCUGCAAAGCAAUGGUGGCAUGGGAAGCUGGAAAAGAUCUGGUGAUGGAGGAAGUAGAAGUGAGCCCACCUCAGCCUCAUGAAAUCAGGAUCAAAGUUGUUUGCACCUCUCUUUGCCGCACUGAUAUCACUGCUUGGGAAUCUCAGGCUAUAUUUCCUCGGAUAUUCGGCCAUGAAGCAUCAGGGAUUGUUGAGAGUGUGGGCGAGGGAGUGACCGAAUUUGUGGAGGGAGACCAUGUGCUUACUGUAUUCAUCGGAGAAUGCAAGAUGUGCAAGCAUUGUGAAUCCGGAAAGAGUAACAUGUGCCAAGUUUUAGGCCUGGAAAGAAGAGGCGUGAUGCACAGCGAUCAGCGUACACGCUUCUCAAUUGAAGGGAAACCUGUUUAUCAUUAUUGUGCGGUUUCAAGUUUCAGUGAAUAUACGGUCGUACACUCUGGAUGUGCCGUCAAAGUCAGUCUGCAAGCACCUCUGGAAAAAAUAUGCCUAUUGAGUUGUGGUGUAGCUGCAGGUCUUGGUGCGGCUUGGAAUGUUGCUGAUAUAUCUAAAGGAUCAACACUAGUGGUCUUUGGACUUGGAACCGUUGGCCUCGCUGUUGCUCAAGGUGCCAAACUUAGGGGAGCAUCUCAGAUAAUUGGUGUUGAUAUUAAUCCUGAAAAGUACAAAAAAGCUAAGGCUUUUGGAGUCACCGACUUCUUGAAUCCAAAUGACUAUGAAGAACCCAUUCAACAGGUAAUCAAGCGAAUAUCUGGUGGAGGAACAGAUUACUCCUUCGAAUGCAUAGGCAAUACCGGGAUGGUAACGACUGCACUGCAAUCCUGCUGCGAUGGAUGGGGUUUAACGGUCACACUCGGUGUACCAAAAGUGAAACCUGAAAUAGAGUCUCACUAUUCAGCAUUUCUUUCUGGAAAAACAUUGAAAGGGUCCCUAUUUGGAGGAUGGAAACCUAAAUCUGAUCUUCCUGAAUUAGUGAACAAGUACAUGAACCAGGAAAUCCAGAUUGAUGAGUUCAUCACACAUAAUCUUCCAUUUGAAGACAUCAACAAAGCUUUCACUCUGAUGAAAGAAGGAAAAUGCUUGCGGUGUGUCAUUCACAUGCCAAAUUAAUUUCCCAUAUCUAUGGAUGCAAACAUGAUCUGUGAUAGAUGCAUGUUAAACCGGCCAAUUAGUGUAUUCUUUUUUGUCAUGAUCUCAUUUAAGUUAUUUUAUAUGACAACAAAUUUUGAC